GAGCAAGGAGUCAAGAGGGCAAAGGAAUUUUCCUCUCCCCUCCAAGGCUGCAACCAUAGGCAAAUUAGUCCUGAAUAGGGUUUACGAAGACCUGCAGGUGAUAAUGGUUUACCUCUAGUUGGGAAAAGUUGGAGCAGAAUCGUAUUACUCUAUUGGAACCAGAGGAGUUGUGCGGAUUGGCGGCGAGGAUUGGAAGGGCCAGACCAUGGUUUCCUCAACAUCCCCCCUUGACGAAUAUGAUCGCUUUCACGAUUACCCUUUUUUUUCCAGAAAGCGGCUUAAAGUUUCAGAUCGCAGAUCAAAUAUCUAUUCAGGCCUCUCUCCUGAUUCUGCAUCUUCGAUUUGCGGUGAUGAACAAUCUGCAACGGAGAUGAGUUGCCAAUCUAAUGGCAAUAGCAGUGGUGUUCCUCAAUCUUGUAAUGACGAUGGAGGUUCAUGCCAAGACAAGAGUUACGCCAGCUAUGCACCAUCUUCUUUUGCGAGUGGAUGGAUGUAUGUAAACGAACAUGGACAGAUGUGUGGCCCUUACAUCCAGCAGCAAUUAUACGAGGGUUUAUCUACUGGUUUCCUGCCUGAUGAGCUCCCUGUUUAUCCUGUGGUCAAUGGGACUGUGAUUAAUCCUGUUCCCUUAAAAUACUUCAGGCAGUUCCCUGGUCAUGUCGCAACUGGAUUUGUGUAUCUCAGUUCAACCACAGCUUCCAAUUGUUUCAAGUCUUCCCAUACAAAUUUCCAGAACAUCCUUUCUCAAUCACAAAUCAACUGCGAUGGUUUUGAUGCAUCCAAUGACCUCAUUUCAAGCUCUCUUUUGCAGUCAGGUGAAGAUGCAUGUUGGUUGUAUGAGGAUGAUAAGAGUAGGAAACAUGGGCCUCAUUCCCUUUUACAACUAUAUUCUUGGCAUCGCUAUGGGUAUCUUGCUGAUUCUGUUCUGAUACAUCAUACUGAAGACAGGUUUCGCCCCAUUAAAUUGCUGUCUGUUUUAAAUGCUUGGAAAGGUAGUCAAGCUUAUGCUGCUGAAAAUGAACGGGACUUAUCAAUGAACUUCAUAUCGGAUAUUUCUGAAGAAGUUUCUUCUCAGCUGCAUGCUGGGAUUAUGAAAGCAGCUCGUAGAGUUGUGCUAGAUGAAAUAAUCAGCAAUAUGAUCUCAGAGUUUGUUGCUGCAAAAAAGUCUCAGAGACAUCUAAUGGUUGAAUUAUUCAACCAGGAUGCUAAAAGUUUUCCUGAUAGAAAAAUGAUUGAAAAUGCCCCCGAAAUAAAAAUGCAGUGUAUUCCCAUGUUUGAGACGGCAGCCUCCCACAAUGUAUCGGACCAGCCAUGCAUUCAAGAAUCUACACGUGCUCCUGCAAGUAUAAAAUCUGUUGGAAGCAUUGAAAAUUUUUGGGGUUCUUAUACAGUUGUUUGUAAGAUGCUUUUUGACUACUGCAUGCAAGUUAUGUGGAAUGCUGUCUUCUAUGACAGUAUAGCCGAGUAUUCAUCUUCCUGGAGAAGGGGAAAACUUUGGUUUGGUCAGCCUAAUGUUAUGGUGUCUGCUACUGACUCCAGGGAUCAUGGCAACGAGACUGAAAAAGUAACAGAUAAGCCUCUCUUAUCUGGGAUGGAAUUGAUUGCUCAUGACAUUGAUUGUCCACCGGGUUUUGAACUGGCAACAGUUGCUGGAGUUGAUUCUGCAGAAAAGUCAUCUUCAUAUGUUGUGCAGCAAAUUUUAUCCAAACAGAAAAGCCAAUUGUGCAAUAAUGGCCCGUAUGAUGGCAUGGGAUGCAUCCUUGAAGGUGUUGAAAAUGAGCUCCAUUUAUCUAUGAAGGUGUUUAUGGCCAAGUAUGUUGACAAUCUUGUUAAAAGUGAAGCAAGAAGAGUGAUUGGUUUGGAAAAUGAUGACAAAUCGAAGGAAAAUCUUGAUGAAGAAGAAGCCGAGAAAUCAGUUAAUUUUUCAAUAGAUGAUGAAUUGAAAGAAUUUCAAAAGCUGCAAGACGCCGUUGGAUCUUCCAGUCAAUGCCAUCUUGCUUCAGAGUUUGAUACUUCAGACAUUUGUGGAGAGAAAAGAUUCAGUUCAAGCAGAAUGUCUGAUUUGUCUGGCAAUCUACAGAACCCAUUACAAUCUUGGACACCCAUUUGUCAGUCUGUGUCUGAAAAUUUGUAUGUUACAAGGCAGGAAACUUUCAUGGCUGGUGCAUUUAAGAGAUUGUUUGCUCAUUUAGGGGACGUAAUUGAUGAACAAGAAGUUGAUGAGCCACUACCUCCUGGACUUGAGGGUAAUGCUGGGACGCUUGUUCCAUCACACAUUUGUAAGUUUCGACCUUCAAGGUCAGAUGAGUGCAGCCCUAAGAUUGGAGAAUAUGUUGCCGUGGCAAUGUGUCGGCAGAAGCUCCAUGAUGAUGUACUAAGAGAGUGGAAAUCAUCUUUUAUUGAUGUUACUCUUUAUCAGUUUCUUAUAUCAUGGCGUAGUUUGAAGAAACGCCGUGAGGCUGAUAGCAAAGAGGAAAGGGCAUUUAGUGUAGGUAGGGAAAUUCUUGCUGCUUCUUCUGCCGUAGGAGAUAAGCUCAGGGAGAGGUCAAAGAAGUCUCAGAGUUCAGGCUCCUCAGAAGUAUCUUUAGUUACUGGUAAAUAUACAUAUUACCGCAAGAAAAAGUUGGUUCGUAAGAAGAUAGGAUCUACUCUGUCCACUAUUGUCAAUGGGUCACAGAAUCAUCCCGUUGAAAGGCCUCGGAAAAAAGAGGCUUCCAGAAAUUUGUUGGAUCAUGCAGAUCCAGAGCCAACUGCAGCCACUUCUGAAAAGGUUGGGGUAAAGAAAAGUGCAUCUCAAUCAUCUACUGUUUCUAGGUCAUCCAAAACCAUUGCUAAAAGUAGUUUGCUCAAUGAUCACUCAAUACCGAAGAGUGCAGGUGGUCACAAAAAAACCAAGGUUACCCCUGCUGUUCAAAAAAAUUUGGUCAGAGAAGGUGCAGUUCAAGUCUCCAGGGAGAGAGCAUCAACCUUUCGGAAUUGUGAUGUUAAGAAGGUUGUUGGCAGGACUAAUGGUAUUGUUGGAAGUGAAGUAGAGCUUACUAAUGCUUCCCGCAAGAAGACACUGAAAGCUCCCAAGGUGUCAAGGGUAAAAAGGAAGCAAUUAGCUAAUGAUGAGCCUUCAUUGCAUCCAACCAAGGUACAGAAAGUGGCAAAUUCUGCUAGCAAGCAUUCUUCUUCUAGAGGGAAUGCAGAUCGAACUACCCAUUCAAUUAGAUCCAGGACAGCAAAUUCCUGUCCCAGAUCUGAUGGAUGUGCGCGCUCUUCAUUUAAUGGCUGGGAGUGGCAUAAAUGGUCACUCAAAGCAAGUCCUGCAGAAAGAGCUCGUGUUAGAGGAAUUCAGUGUACACACAUGAAAUAUCCAGGCUCUGAGGUUAAUAAUAUGAUGCAGUCGUCAAACAGUAAAGGUCUUUCUGCAAGAACAAACAGAGUGAAGCUGCGCAAUCUUCUUGCUGCUGCAGAGGGUGCUGAUCUCUUAAAAGCAACUCAGUUGAAGGCAAGGAAAAAGCGUCUACGUUUUCAGCGAAGCAAGAUUCACGAUUGGGGUCUUGUUGCGCUUGAGCCAAUUGAGGCUGAGGAUUUUGUCAUUGAAUAUGUUGGAGAGUUGAUUCGGCCCCGGAUAUCUGAUAUACGUGAACGCUAUUAUGAGAAGAUGGGAAUUGGUAGCAGUUAUCUGUUUAGGCUUGAUGAUGGAUAUGUGGUUGAUGCUACAAAGCGUGGUGGGAUUGCUAGAUUUAUAAAUCAUUCUUGUGAGCCUAACUGUUACACAAAAGUUAUUAGUGUUGAGGGCCAGAAGAAGAUUUUCAUCUAUGCAAAACGGCACAUAGCAGCUGGUGAAGAAAUUACUUACAACUACAAGUUCCCUUUGGAGGAGAAAAAAAUUCCUUGCAACUGUGGUUCAAAGAAGUGUCGUGGAUCUUUAAACUAGGAUGCACACUUCCAAUAUGACAUCUGCAUGAUUCAUUUCUCAUUUUGUAAAGUCUGGAACAGUUGAUGCCAUAGGCUUGACAUGCCCUGAGGUAGAGGAGCUUGGAAUGUGUUCGCUUAAAGAUUCUCAAUGCCUUCCAGGACCCUGCUGCUAGAAAGUUUUGGUAGCUUGAUGUACCAAGAUGAGCUUUUGGCGAAGUACUUUGACAGGGUUAUGGUCAAAGUUAUCAAAUAGGAGUGGAUGAUGGGAUAAUGAACUUUUUGCAUCAAGUUUUUUGCCUACAUCUGGAAGAUGAAUUACUUACCCGUGUCAUCGUUGUUGUAUAUAACACUGUUGCAGAUGAGUUCCUCCUCUUAGAAUCUGUAAUCAGUUUGUUGAUUUCCUGCCUCUUGACAUUUUGGACUAUUAAGCUUUUGUACAAACAUGCAUUAUUUAUUCAUUUAGUCCAUAUUUGUCAUUUGUAUACCUCUUUGGUCGUGUUCUGGUGGUUGUGGGAAUUGUUGUGCCCUCAACUGCAAACAUGCUUGUUUAACAAAUUGAGAAGUGGAAAAUUUAAUCUUAUACCCUUUGACAAGCUACCAAA